AAAAUCACGCGGAAACAAAUAAUGAAGAAAAGGAUUGGUAUGAUUAGCAAAUGAACUCGAAAGUCGAAGACUCUGCUUACCAAAAACAACAAGUGCGGUGGUUUUUGUCGAGUUGGCCGAGUCAUUUCCGAUCCACGCCGCGUCGAUUCGUUCUCCGAUCAUCUACACUCCAGUUACUGUUUUCAUACUGGUGCAAGAGCAAUGUCAGGAAUGGGAGAUGUCAAACAAGACGAAGGAGAUGUGCCUAUGGACACUGAAAGUUCCACGUGUUCUUCCCAGAGUGAGGAGGAAGUAAUAAAAAAGAAGUAUGGCGGAAUCGUACCUAAGAAACCACCACUUGUAUCUAAGGAUCAUGAGCGCGCUUAUUUUGAUUCUGCUGAUUGGGCUUUGGGCAAGCAAGGUGUUGAGAAGCCUAAAGGACCACUGGAGGCACUUAGGCCAAAACUACAGCCAACACAACAACCAACCCGAUAUAGGAAAUCUCCUUAUGCUCCAUCAGAUGGCGAAGAUGGAAGUCCCUCAGAAGAUUCACCUUCAAACGAAUGAGAAACUGAUGGUCUAUCUCUGUCCUCCUGAGGGGUACCCAUUGUAAUUCAGAUAGUAAAAAAAUCUUGUUUUACAGGAUCCCUAUGUGGUCACGGACUCUUUCACAACAAAGAGAUGAGUAGACUCGGAGAUAUUCUGAGCGGAGCCUAGCGAAUGUCGAAUACAGGGCAGAGAGCCUACUAUUAAGAUGCGAGUAGACGGCAGCUGGUCCAAGAGGGAUUAUUUAAAUAAUGAUUAAGGAUCAGAGAUGCAACCAAAUAAGGCGAGUAUUCUCCCCUAUUCUAAGUUUAGAAUAGUUAAAUGCUUCCAUAUCAAAAUUUACAGAUUCUUUUAAUUUAUGCAAUGGUUCCUCUGAUCUGCCUUCAAUUUAUGAUAUUGUUAAUCCUGUUGAUAUCUUUCAUUAUGAUAAGUACUUCUUACCUUGA